UACCACAAGAGGGCGCUCCACAGCUGCGAUUGAGUGGAUGAACUUGGCACAUUUUUCUGGGAAUUUUUAGUCCCAAAAUAUCAAAGUUAAACCAUGAGUAUGAGAAGUGGAGAAAAGGAAAAGGAAGGAGGGCCGUCAAUGGAUCCUGUUCAUUCGGCCAAUCAGUGGGAAUCAGCUGACUUCGGAGACAAUGCCCAAAAAGAGAAGUUCCUUCGGCUUAUGGGUGGAAUGAAGAAGCAGCACACAGGACGCUUUGUGAUUGGAGAGACAAACAAAGAUGCCCAUUCAAGAACAGAUGGCGAAAUGAAGAAGAUGGAAGAAAACCUAGAACACCAGUACAAAGUUGGACUGGAGAAGAAGCUGACCGGUCAGAGUCGGCGACACAUCGGGCUGGGAUUCUCUGAGCCAGAGGAGAAAGAAGAAAAGAAAUCGGAUGGGACACACACCCGAUUUGACGACGAAGACGAGGUGUCGAAGGAUUCCGAGAUAUUUGACAGGGAGCUGGAGGAUGGUACAAAGGAUGGAGGGGAUGGCAAGAGACCGGGCGAGAGGGACGCGGAGAGUGAGAAAGAGAGAAGAGACAAGAGACAGAAACGAGAAGAGAAGAGGAGAGAAGGAGAACGUGAGAGGCGAGGAUCCAGGGAGCGGGAUCCAGAGCAGGGCGCAUCCAGGCGCGAGGAGCGAGACAGGAGCCACCGCGGCAGUCGAGACGACGACAGGAAACACAGAGAUCGUGACGACCGCCAGAGGAAGGUGGAAAGAGAUGAUGGGGCCAGACAUGACAGCAAGACGUCAUCGUCAAAGUCAGGAGACUCCAGUGGGAAUGGGGAUAAGAAACACAGGCACUCGGAGGAGAGAGGAGACGAGACUGAACAGAAGAGGAAGAAGCACAAGAAGCGGGAAGAUGACAGUGGUUCUGAAUAGAAAGGCAUCAGUCCUUAGUAUUUCUGUCGGAGUUGGGGUUUUUUUUUGGCGUCUCGGUAGCUGACACUGCCACCUUAUACUACUUGGAAAUUAUACCAUCAGCUGCGAUCUAAGUUUGGUGCAUGGACCAAUCAAGGCACACCCUCACUCCUAUCACGGAGGCCACCUUCAACUGAGAAGCUUUGUGCAAGCUAUUGCGCAAAGCAACUGCCCCUGAUGAAUUACUUUAACAAUAACUGGCACACUUCCUUUA